AUGAUCUUCCAAGAUGCUCCGGCUCACCUCAAGAGAGAGCUGGACACGGUAUUAGCCCUGCAGGCAGAUCUAGAUGUGUCGGAUAGAGCUCUGCAGACUACCAGAGCAAUGUUAGAGAAAGAAUCGGCCUCUGAUGACACAUUAGAAGCUCUACAGAAUCUGGAGAAGGGACACGAUCGACUAAUGGACAAAGUCGAGGCUCUUUACUCGUCUCUAAAUGUCCACGACAGGUUCCCUGAACUUCAAGGGGUGAAUCUCGAUUUUGUUCGUACUCUUCUGAUGGCAUGA